CUUUGGGGGCCCCGCGGAUCUCUGGGAAUUUAAGUCUUUCCCAGUGUCUAGAAAGCUCAGCAGGGCUGUAAGGCCCUUUUAACAGGAGGGUUCGGGAUUGUCUCCUGGUUCCGGAGCCCGCAUGGGCGGUGGGAGCUUCCUCCCGGGCCGGGGUGGUGAGCUGGCCCAGCUGUGCUCGCAAGAACGCCACUAGAGCCCCAGCCACUCCUCGCGCCUCCCUGGCCGCGGGCAGCAACCGAAUCGCCUGCUGUGGAACCCAGCGCCGGGGCCUUGGACGGGAGGGGCGGGGCACCGCACUUGGGCUUGACCGGGGUCGGAGAUCUUCACCCCGGAGCGGGAGUCGGCGGCCUAUGGCGGAGGCCGGCCCCCGGGAUUUGGGCUGAGAGGGGCGCCUCGAAGGUCAGGGGUCAAAGGCCGUCAGGGUCGAAGGUCAGGGCCAGGCUGGGCUGGCGAAACCAUGGCGUCCCCUUCCCGACAGGCGUCCCCGGGGGGCUCGGGGCUCCUGCGAGGGAGCCGGGCCCGGUCUUACGGCAGCCUGGUCCAGUCGGCCUGCUCCCCGGUGCGCGAGCGGCGAGUGGAGCACCUGCUGGAGCCUGGGGACACCCUGGCCGGUCUGGCGCUCAAGUACGGGGUGACGAUGGAACAAAUUAAACGUGUUAACCGCCUUUAUACUAAUGACUCCAUCUUCCUCAAGAAAACUCUCUAUAUUCCCAUCCUGACUGAGCCCCGGGGAAUAUUCAAUGGGCUAGAUUCUGAGGAGGAAGAAGACAAAGAGGGGGAGAAGCUCUCAAGUCAAGGUGGAGCCGAAGCCCCCUCAGCUUUGAGGAAAAAACAAGAGGAAAAAGCCAAUGGUGAAGGCCUCUCUUCCAAAUGUGGCCAGGACCUCUCCAUACCCAGCCAUGACCUCUCUGCCACCGACUUCCUCAAGAAAAUCGACUCACAGAUCAGUUUGUCAAAGAAGGCUGCCGUCAGGAAGCUGAAGAAAGAUGAGAGCGGGAUACCUGGGGAGGAUCUGCAUCCCCACUUGGCUUCCCCCCGGAAGCAGCAGCGUGCAGUUCUGGGCCCUGUACCCCUGACUCGAACCAGCAGGGCAGCCACCUUACGGGACCAGGAAGAUGAAAUCUUUAAACUCUGAUAGCCCCAAGACUGUUGGCAAGAGAGGAGCAGUAGAAGAGAACCUGUCUGAUGGGGAGUUCAACGUGGGGUGAAGGUUGAGGAUCCACCAUCUCAGCCCAUCCCCACUUUGGCUUCCCUGCCCCGCCCCCCAUGCCUCUGACCUAGCCUUCUUGUUCCUCUCAGGGACUUCAGGGCUACAGGAGGAGUUGUAGGCGAGAAUGGAAAGGUUGAGAUUAGAUCCUUUCCAAGUUCUCUUGGCUGAAUCUCAGUAUCUUUAGAUUCAGAGAAUUCUAUCUGUCCCUUUCCUUCCUCUCUCUGGUUCCUGACACAGUUCCUUGGCCUUACCGUAGGGUGGAGGGAUCUCCAGAACCUGUCCCCCUCCACUCUGUCUCACCCUCCUCUCUAAUUUAUUUGGUGCUAUGUUGGAAUCCUAUUUAUUGGCUACAUUUUGUUUUCCUAGCAGAAGAUGGGAGUCCUCCCAGCUCUCAGGAUGGUGACUAAGAACGAUCAGCCGUUACGGCUGCUCCUGUAGUCCCCUCAAGCUAGGGAGCCCUGGGGACCAUUGGGAGUGUGGGGGUGUCUGCACCCCAACCCCUGCUCUGCGGCACUGAGGUACUGAACCAGCCUCCCUGGAUGCUGUACCAACUUUCUCCCCCAAAUCAGGAAGUGAAAUGCUGGACUUAGCCUUGACCUGACUGGUCCUGUCUUCUUUCUCAUGGCUCAGGAGAUUAGAGACUUGAGUCAUUCUUUCCCUCCUUGCUACUUUUCUUUCCUGUUCCACUGAGCUUCAUACUGGGCUAGAGAGAGGGGUGGGAAGACUGUGUACCUGGCACCUGGAUGGGGAAUCAGUCAGUUUGGGAUUGAAAGAACAGGACUGUCCCCUUGUGUUCUGCAUGCAUGUGUGUGUGUGAGUGUGUAUGUGCACUGAGUGUGUGGUGUGUCUGUGUGUGUGUGUCUGCACCUCUUCCCACCCCCCCCAACACUGAGCACUGGAGGCUUCUCUUGCUGCCUCCAUGGCCUCUUGCUUCCUUUCUUUCUCUCUGUUGCAUAUUUAUUUGUGGUUUGUAGCAUCAGCUUGAGGUGUCAUUCUGUGUUUUUGAAGAGAAACCAGCAGGCCAGGAAGGCCCUUUGGGGCUAAGAGUCUGCCUUAUUUUGUUAUUUAAUGUUGGACAUAGGGAAAGUGAAUGUGUUUUUCCACUCCCCUCUCCCUGUGUCGAUAGUAAGUUGUUAGAAAUGCAGAGAUUAAAC